AUUAUCAAUUUUUUAUUACCUAAAUUACUUUUCAGAUUUUUAUGUAAAUUUGCGUCGACUAAUUCGUUAAUUUUGUAUAUAUUGAGAGAUUCUUUUAACCGAGAAGUAUUGAUAUUGUAUAAUUAAAAGUUUUCGGCACUUGUUGAAAUGUUCGGCCUCGAAAUGAAUCACUUUAGAAAAAAACUAAUCAAGGCUGAGAGAAACGCUCGUAUUCUCGAAACACCUGAAAGGUAUAAAAUGUUGAAUUGAAGAUGAUUGAUGGCGAACGUUGAGACUGAAAGUAACAUAUCUUCGCAGAAACUGUCGUCAGAAUUAGCUUCGCUAUGAAAGAAGAAACUGAACUAUCUCCGGAGGCGUAUAACGAAGAAGCGUACGAACCGAUGGAAGGCAUUUUGGAAACGUGCAUCAAAGAGGAAAAUUCGGAUCUCAAACUGAAUUGCGAAGAUGCGCAAAACUCGAGCCUAGUCAUACCUGUGUGUAAUACUUUCGUACCUCAUGUUGCCGUUGGCGAAGCCAGCAAAAAUCUGUCUUACAAGAAGCGAGAAUCAUCUACGCGUAUACAACUGCGGGACUGUGACCAAAUGUAUUCUCAAUCUCGUGACAAACACCUCGCUGCCGAGACUAAUACGAAAGAAGAUUCUGAUACAGCGUGUAAAAAAGAAAUUCCUAUCGACGAUUCUUCAAAAAACCAAGCUGCUAAACUACGAAAUAGAAACGACCUCGAAGGAGCUGCGGUCGAAGUAGCAAACGGAAUUUCUUCUUCAACCUUAAAGCGUACAGAUUCUAUCGAUAGUGAACCGAAAUGUGAAACUAACGUUGCAACAAAAGAAAAAUCAUCGCCGAAAAUCAACGUUAAGAAAGAUAAACACGUCAAAGAACGUAUUCGUCUGGCGAAAUGUAAACUUUGUACGGAAAGUUUCGCUAAUCGUGAUAUGUUGCAAAGCCAUAUCAACACAGUACACGCCAAACAGAAAGCGUUCAAUUGUGAAAAUUGCGAUAAAGAUUUCGCCAGUAGUCGUUUACUGGAAAAACACGCGAUUACGCAUCUGAAGGAUAAACUGUACGGUUGUAAUUGCUGUAGCGAAACGUUCUGCGAUAAUAACGCUCUACAAGUGCACAUCUCGUUAGUUCACAUAGAAGAAAAGUAUUUUCCUUGCGAAUUUUGUAGCAAAAAAUACGAUACGAAGAAUAGUCUGAAAAUGCACAUGUUAUCCCACGAUACGCCGAAUAAUUACAGCUGUUCUCAAUGCAAGAGAAUUUUCAAAUCGAAGAAGAAACUGGAAACGCACGAACAAAAACACUCGCAAGAGAAACGUUUCGUUUGUUCGACUUGCGAGAAACGUUUCACGUCGCAGUCGAAACUAGAUAUUCAUACGAAAAUUCACACCGGCGAACGACCGUUCGGCUGCGAAUAUUGUCCCAAACGUUUCAUAACACGCUGGAAACAAAAAUUACACGUACGAAUACACACCGGCGAGAAACCGUUCGCUUGUACGACGUGCCGCAAAUGUUUCAUUUCCAAAGAUAAACUGCAAACGCAUUUGCGCGUUCACAAAGGAUUGAAACUGUUCGCCUGCGUGCAAUGCGAAAAGAAAUUCUGCACCAAGGAGCAGUUGCGAUUGCAUACGGUCACUCACACCGGAGAAAAGGCGUUCGGUUGCGAGCUGUGCGAAAAACGUUUCAUUUCUCGUUCCAAGUUACAAAUACACGUUCGCAUGCAUACCGGCGAAAGACCUUUCGCUUGCGAAACCUGCGGCCGUAGUUUCAUAUCGAAUCACAAGCUGCAAACGCAUCUCAGAACGCACAGCGGCGAAAAACCUUUCGAAUGCGACCACUGCAACAAACGGUUUACAUCUAAAGAGCUCUUACAGUCGCACAUAAAUCAAACUCAUUUCGGUUUAAAGCCCUUCCAUUGCGAUACGUGCGAGAAACGUUUUGUCAGCCGCUACAAACUACAAUUACAUAUUCGCAGUCAUACCGGCGAAAAACCCUUCGGUUGCGAAUUUUGCGAAAAAUCUUUCGUCACUCGCUACAAGCUACAAGUACAUUUACGCAUUCAUACCGGCGAACGUCCUUUUCCGUGUUAUCUUUGCGAAAGAUGUUUCAUAUCGAACGAUAAAUUACAAGUGCACAUCAGAUCUCAUACCGGCGAACGGCCCUAUAUGUGCGAACAUUGCAACAAAUCGUUCAUCUCCAGCGAUAAACUACUUAUGCACGUACGAAUCCAUAAUGGCGAUAAACGUUUCAGCUGCGAGACUUGCGAAAAAAGCUUCAUCACCAGAUAUAAAUUACAAUUACACACCAGAACUCACACCGGUGAAAAGCCUUUCGUUUGUGCCGUUUGUAGUAAAGGUUUCAUCACCAACGAUAAAUUAAAAGUGCACACUCGUACUCAUACCGGAGAAAAACCUUACAUUUGCGUUUAUUGUAACAAAGGUUACAUUACCAACUGUAAACUACAAGUACAUCUCAAAACGCACACUGAUGAAACUAUUUUGCGAAGUGUUCACUGGUUAUUGCAGUGACAAUUCUUCGUUCGUAGUCGUCAUCGUCGUCGUUGUCUAGCCGAAAAAACUUAUUUUGGUGGACCAUUAUUUGGUGCUAUUUUUUGGUGAAAAAAGUCAUCCAAGCUUCGGUGUACUUAUAUCUUCUCUAAAUUCAACUCUCAUGUUGAACAAUUUCGCUCUUGAUCUGAGAACAUGAAAAACUCUCGAUUUCAUGUCGGUUUCGCUUUCAUUUCCUGUUUAUGUAACUAAAUGUAUCUACAUAUUUUUUUCACUUUGAUUUCGAGUGUUUCGCCUUCAUUAUUUUUUGUUGCGUCUUGCAAAUAGUGUUUGUAUCAUAAAUUUUUCUAGUCAUACGAUUUUCCUGUCGCUGAACUCCCCAUUACGUAGUUGGUAGCUGGAUUCUUCUAUCAAAUUUUGCGUAAUGUUAAUAAGUUGCCAGUAUCUAUCUAUACCAGACGGUUAGUUACCAUUUGAAUCAAAGCGUCGUUAUAUUCAACUAUUACUGAAAGUUUUCAGCGUAAUCAAAAAAUACUAAGUACAUUUUACUGAUACUUCAUGAUCUCUUUUUUUUCUGUUUCUAUAGCUUUAAGUCGUACGCUUAUACUAUUUUGAAGCACCUUGCCUAUCGCAUUACGAUUAAUAUUGAACUACCUGGUUGUUUGAAAAGUGAACAUUUAUUUACACUUUACAGUAACGAGUGAUUGCUGAUUAAUCGCUCUCGGAUAAGAUUGUAAGAUGUUUAUCAUUGCAUGAAAAAAAAAAUAACGUAGACGAUUUGUAUUCAGUUUUACUUCAUUACUUCCUUUUUAUUCAUUUUUUUUUAGUUUUCUUGGUUUUUACAUAUCUAGUAGGUAGCUAACAAAAUUACGAUUUUUGUUUUAUGUAAUUGCUUUAUCUGCAUAAUUUCCAGGUUAAUAUAUAUUUUCAUAUUUUUACUUUUAAGAUUUUUGUUGUAAUAAACAGUUUCAUAAUUCAACUGAAAGAUUCGUAAAAUACAUCUUAUAUUUUUCAAUCA